AUCUUUAGUGGUGCAACGGAUCAUCAUUGAUCCGUGAUCCGUUCGGAUCAAUUAUUUCGGUUCGGCACACACAUGAUCCGCGGAUUGAUUUAUGGAGAAAAAAAAAUUGUGCGCACGUUCAGUCCACACACGGCGUGGUCAUGGCGAGCGGAGGAACGGAGGAGCUUGAACACCCCGCGUCAUUUAAAUCCCCUGUUUGGGAGCAUUUUGGCUUCCCUGUCAAAGUUAAUGAUGAAGGAAAGAGGUUAGUGGAUAAAACCGUGACGGUGUGUAGGCACUGUGGCAUAAGAAAGCCAUACAACAGUGGAAACACAUCUAGCAUGGCCACGCAUUUGCAGCGACAUCACCCCGGUGUUUCACUGACAGGAGUGAAACCGAAAGCGGCUCAACAACCGCUUAUCACCGCAGCAUUUAAACAGCCCCUUCCUGCACAAACCGACCGGGCUAAAGCUAUCACAAACGCUAUUGGUGUGUUUAUAGGUGCAGACAUGAGGCCAUAUUCGGUUGUGCAAAACGAGGGUUUUAAAUACAUGUUGAACGUGCUCGAGCCACGUUACGACAUUCCGUCGCGCACCCACUUCAGCGAAAAGAUUGUGCCAGAUCUUUAUGAGCAGGAGAAGAAAAAAGUUGUGGAUGAACUAUCUGUAGCACCCUCUGUUGCACUCACAACAGACGGGUGGACGUCAAGGGGAACGGUGAGCUAUGUGACAAUAACCGCUCACUUCAUCACAGCAGACUGGGAGAUGAAAAGUCCGGUGCUGCAGACACGUCCCCUCUACGAAAGUCACACAGGCAGUCAUCUUGCGCAGGUACUGACACAAGCAGUGGAGGAAUGGAAGAUAAAGAGGCCCACUACUAAUAUCCCAGUCACAACUGAUAAUGCCAAAAAUCAAAUAAAUGCAGUGAAUGAGGCAGGACUGGGCCCACAGAUAGGGUGCUUUGCACAUGUAGUGAAUUUGGCAUCACAGAAGGGAAUCUCAGUCAAUAGGAUGGACCGCCUCCUUGGGAGGAUCAGGAAGGUGGUUUCCUACUUCCACAGAAGCACAACAGCUGCUCAUGUGCUUAAGACAAGGCAAGAGAUGCUAAAGCUGCCUACUCAUAAGCUCAUACAUGAUGUCCCAACAAGGUGGAAUUCCACUUAUGAUAUGUUGGAGCGUUAUCUGGAGCAGCAGGCAGCUAUAUACUCUGCAUUGACCGACAAGACCCUAAAGAAAAAUGUCAAAGACAUCAUAAACCUCUCUGAUGAUGAUGUGAGAGUGGCAGAGGAGGUCCUCCAGGUGCUUAAACCCCUUAAAACUGUUACAUCUCUGCUGAGCACUGAAACUUCGCCAUCGGUGUCAAUGAUCCUGCCGCUGAAAACAAGGAUUCUACAAUCCAUGGCUCCAAGUGUGGAAGACAGCACCAUCACUCAAGAUGUCAAGACUGCCAUUAGAGAGGACCUGAAGCCCAGAUACACUUCACCCCCUACUCUACAGGACUACCUUCACAGAUCUACUGCCCUGGAUCCGAGGUUCAAGUCCCUGUCUCACAUAGACCCUGACCUACGCCAGAGGACAUACAGUGACCUCACCACUGAGCUUGUGAGCAGUCUAGCCACUGAAGACUGUGAUGAGGGUCAAGCUGCAGAGCCAACAGGAGCAAACUUGGACACAUCUCCUCCACAAAAGAAGUCGGCAAUGGCAGAGCUUUUUGGAGAGACCUUUGCCAGCAAAGACAUGGACAGCAAGACUCCUGCUGACGUCAUCAAAGAGGAGGUGGCAUUCUACCUGGCAGCAAGCGGCAUUGCAGUGGAUGGUGAUCCACUGACAUGGUGGAAAAGCAAUGAGUGUAAAUACCCUCAUAUUGCUAAGAUGGCAAGAUGCUAUCUCGCUGUGCCAGGCUCUUCAGUUCCUUCCGAGAGAGUGUUCUCAACAGCAGGGGACAUAGUGACUGCAAAGAGGUCCACACUCUCCCCAGACAAUGUAGACACCCUUGUCUUUUUGAAAAAGAAUUUGAAAUUAUAAGCUCAUGUAUGCUUUGUUUUCUUUCUUUAAUUCUUCUUUGAUGAUGUGGACGUAGGCUUUAUGUCACUCUCAUAAAGCUCUUGUUUCAAGGAAGAUGAUGUGCCUUCUUAUGUUGCACUUUAAGUUGUUCUUUAUUGAUGGUCAUUGGUCCAUGUUUAAAGGAAGGAGAUGUGCCUUUUUAUGUUGCACUGUAAGUUGUUUUUCAUUAAUUAUGUUGAAAAGAAGAUAUUAAUCGUGCACUUUAAGUUGAUUUUAUAUUGUUAAUAAACAAAA